GUGCCCAGCUCCACCAGCACCAGUGUGCCCAGCUCCACCAGCGUCACCAGCACCAGUGUGCCCAGUUCCACCAGUACCACUGUGCCCAGCUCCACCAGCGCCACCAGCACCACUGUGCCCAGCUCCACCAGUACCACUGUGCCCAGUUCCACCAGCACCACUGUGCCCAGCUCCACCAGCGCCACCAGAACCAGUGUGCCCAGCUCCACCAGCACCACUGUGCCCAGCUCCACCAGUACCACUGUGCCCAGUUCCACCAGCACCACUGUGCCCAGCUCCACCAGCUCCACCAGCACCAGUGUGCCCAGUUCCACCACCACCAGUGUGCCCAGCUCGAGCAGUACCAGUGUGCCCAGCUCCACCAGUACCACUGUGCCCAGCUCGACCAGCUCCACAAGUACCACUGUGCCCAGCUCGACCAGCACCAGCUCCACCAGUUCCUCCAGCACCAGUGUGCCCAGUUCCACCAGUACCAGUGUGCCCAGCUCCACCAGUACCAGUGUGCCCAGCUCCACCAGCACCAGUGUGCCCAGCUCCACCA